UCUAGUGACGAACUUCCUGCUUACAUUUGUCUCAGUUAUCAGCUGUUGGACAUGGACUCAAAGGAAGAGGCAGGGAGACGUGACAUUAAAGUGCAGGCAAGUACAGCAUUAGUCUCUUAGCUAAGUAGGCUAUAGAACAGCCAUUAAUAAUACACAUUUAGCUACUGUUGCACGAGGAAGAUAAGAGUGUACGGGACGGGUGUGUUUUCUGUGUGUCGAAGGACGUAGCCAAACUCGUCGCUACUCGCGAGCAAGUGAAAAGUAGGCUAGGCGCAGCAGCAAGGAUUCAAUGGAUUCGGCACUGCUAAAAUGAAAACAAAAUCGAAAUGGAUGUCUGCAACGAAUAUGUAUCAUAUACAUCUUGAUUACAUCCGCCUUCUCAUUAAUACAUACACUACUGCCUGUGAGUAAAAUAUAAUUCGAUGGAAGAUACUCGUCGUUGUGUUUCAUCCUCUAAUCUAGCUGGCUAGCUUUCUAUAACCUCACCCAGCGAGCAACGGCAAUAGGACGAUAAUUGAUCGAUUAAGGGAAUUUAUGGGAUCACAAGUUUCAUCUGAUGAGAUGAGUGUGCGUGCGGGCCAGGGCAGUGACGAGGUGCUGGUGUCGCAGGCGGUCUGGGACUACCUGGCUGCCGCCGGUCGACCCUGGCUCAUUGACUUCCAGGACAAGCAAGGGAUGAGCGCUGGCAUUGUCAGGCGGGGGGAGCGGGGGGGCUGCUGCGCUGUGCGGCUGCAGCCGGUGGAGGGCUUCAGGAGGUCCGUGGCCGGGCUCCUGGAGGGACCCAUAUCCAACGAGACCCGCAAAGCCUUCAUAGACUUGUGCCGCUGUGCCCGGAAAGAGAUGAGCAAACAGGAUGGCGGUCCUAAGAGGAAGCGCUCCCUGCUCCCCUGCGUAGGAGUCCUGGAAGCUGACGGGGAGGGGAGCCUGCUGCCACCCCCUCCUCCGCAGCCCCGCCGCUCCCAGAGGCAGCAGCAGAGGUACAAGAAGCCAGCCGAGGACGAGGCCUGCGUGGUCCUCUCCAUGCCCCACGAAGCUCCGCAGAGGAAGGAAAUGGAGGUGGGCAUGGGCUCGCCCAGCGAGCCAGAGGACGCCUCCUGCUGCUCCAUCUGCAUGGGCGACAUGGUGGAAAAGACCACCCUGGAGAGGUGCGGCCACGCCUUCUGCCGCUCGUGCUUGGACCAGGCCUUUAAGGUGAAGAGAGCCUGCCCCGUGUGCCGCUUGGUGUAUGGGCAGCUCAUCGGGAACCAGCCGGCCAACGGCAGCAUGAUGGUGGAGAGAGACCCGGGUCUGGAGCUGCCCGGCCACGAGGGAUACGGCUGCAUCUGCGUCAUCUACAGCUUCCCCCCUGGUCUGCAGGCGCCGGAGCAUCCUAACCCAGGGGUGCGGUACCCGGGAACGGACCGCGUGGCUUAUCUCCCGGACAGCCCCGAGGGGAACCGUGUCCUGGGCCUGCUGCGCCGGGCCUUCGAACAGCGCCUUAUCUUCACCAUUGGUACCUCCAUGACAACGGGCAUGCAUAACGUCAUUACCUGGAACGACAUCCACCACAAGACCUCGAUAUGGGGAGGGGCGCGCUGCUUUGGCUACCCGGAUCCUACUUACCUUGUGAGAGUGACAGAGGAGCUGCGGGAGAAAGGCAUCACAGUGGACUGACAGCUAGGAAACGUGGCAUUCUGGGACAUUCUAGGAACCUCUGCCUUUUCCUGCUGCUGGUCACGACUAGGCUGCAGGUUCCAGCCAGUCUGAUGGCCCACCAGACCCAGGGGCCCAGCUGAGGAGUUCUCUCAGCAGCCUCAAGGAUGUCCUGCCGUGGAGUCUUUGUGUCACCUUGACUGAUUGUUCCUGUGUUCAUUGGCAUUUCUUUGAGUUCUGCUAAACCCAGCGCUUUGUGUGAGAGAAAAAGACAAAUACGAGUGCAGGGCAUUCUCGUGUUAAACAAGAAUUUUUUUGGCAAUAGUACAGUUUAAAAAUGCACUCUUUCGAGUGGGAUCGUUGUGUACUUAAGUUGUAGGUACUUAAAUAUUGUUUUGAAUUAACACGUUUGUUUGCUUAAGUUGACACAAUAAUUUUUUGGUACUGUUUAUUUCCUUGCAAAGGAAACUCUUCAUUCCCAUGUUGCAAGCACAUAUAGUUUUCUUUCCCCUCCAGUAAUGUUUAUAGAAUAAGUAUUUUUUCUAUUUAAUUAUGUUAUUGAUCUGUUAUCUGGGCUGUGGUAAAGAUAGGUGGCAGAAUAGCACUGCUUCACUAGAAUCUUCUAAAGAAAUCAUUCUGUACAGGUAUUGCAAUCGAAAGCACUCACAAGCACUUUGUCAAGUUGUUCAGUCAAGGAGGCUGGUCGAUUUGUCCUUCUUCCCCGAAACGGAAGAGUGCUCCUAGCAAAUGCAGGUGUUGGCUGCCAAGAGCUUUUGCGUUAGCUUGGUAGCUACAAGUUGAUGUCAGUUGCUUGGAGCUCUUCUUCAUCCCUCCCUCUUCGUCUUCCUCAUCUUCCGCCCCCCUUUCACCUUAAACAGGAGGAAUGUUUAUCCAUGUCUCUGCUGCAGCGCUGGAGCUGAUGUCACAGGAAUGUCCUCAGCCAAGUUCUUUGGCAUUCACCUUACGAUUCCCCCCCCCCCCCCAAGAUGCCACUUCAGUCGGGCAACAAUGUACUCUGUUCUACUUAGCAGAUUUAUAUGAUGAUGUCAGACUACAAAGGCACAUAGCCACUCAUACCAAAUCAAAGGCACAACAGCUAUCAAUCUAUGCCCCUUGUCCCUGUUACACUCUGAGGCUGGUUAGAUUAGGAAUUAAAAAGAUCUGUGUGCUCUUUGGACGUCUAAAUAAGUCAUCUUAGUUGAAGUUGUAUCUAAGGAAUGAUAACCAUGUUCAGAUUCCAGUCCCUCAUAGGGACAUGGUCUUGUUUGAAAUCAAUUUGUCUUUUUCUUGUGCCUUCCUUCUAUUCAACAACAUUGAGCAUGUCCAUGUUUAGAACUAAGCAGCUCUAAUAGGCAGUUAAGUGUUUUUUUGGGGGUUGCAUUAUGUUUGUAUGCUCUUUUGCUUUGAGUGAUAUAAAUUCUACAAUGUAUGAGAAUACAGUGUACAAACAAUAUUUGUAUUUGUUGUUCUGGUGGUUCAAAAGCAAAGCCUCUCAAAAUUCAUGCUGUGCACAUCAUUUCAAAGGGUAGAUUUUUCAUAUGCACAUGCUUGAUCAUUUUCAACCACUACAUCAGAAGAUAUGCAUUAGGCCCAAGUAUUGUAUUAAUUAUAUUUUUUCUGUUAACAUCUAUAUAAAUAUUUUGCUGUUAAGGGGACCAACUCUUAGGACAAUAUCUUUGGGAAAGGAUUGUCAAUAAAUCUAUGCAGUACAUGUUUGAUGGGGCCAGAAUGAAGGGAUUGCACAUUGCAAAUUGAAAAGUUAACGUUUUGCUUUUCUAAUUGCGUUGAUUGGUAUUUUAUGAGUCUGUUGAUAUUCAGAAUAAUGUGCUUUACAUUUUAAUACUUGAAUAAAAGGUUAUGUUCUGUU